AUGCCCCGCCCACCCCGCCCGAGACCUACUGGCCACGCCCGCUCCCGCUUCUCAGGCCACGCUCUCCACCCAUUCGGCCCCGCCUCGGCCGGACUUCCGCCGGGAGCUUUGUGCACCGGCUUCUCCGCCCUGCCCGCGUUGGCCUCGGUGCGCCGGAGAAAGUGCUCCCGGCCAGCUGCUGCAGGCGGGCCAAGGUUCCGCGCCGGGCGUGGACGGUGUGGGGCGGCCCCGGUCCCGCAGAUCCUCCUUAGCUGCCUGCCAGCAUCCUCAUCCCAGCCCCGAGGAUGGACCCAGGAGACCCUGCUGGUCACCGCACUGCUGGCGAGUGCCGCUGCACAGGCCAGGACCCCCUCCUGCUCCUGCAGACCCUGCAGACCCUGUGGUCCACGCGGGAGCGACAGCAGCUCCAGGAAGAAGCCUGGCGGGGGUUUGCUGCCCUGGACGACCCCCUGGCCGGGCUUCUGGACAUGCUGGAGAGCAGCCGGGGCUGGCGGGGAAAGGGCCCCUCCCUGGAGGCCUGGAUCUCCCACCAGCUGCAGUGCUGGCUACGGGCACAGCCACGCCCUGGCCCAGCCCAGCCCGAGGCUGGAGCAGCUGCAGGCCCGAGCAGUCAGGGUCCUCACCGAGAGCCCCUCCAGCCUUGCAGCGCCACUCGCCAGCAUCUUCCAGCUACAGGAUGCAGACCAGAGCUGCCUGCUGGAGCACGUCCACCGCCUCUACCACGAGGGCAGGUUCAGAGAAGCAGUCAUGCUGGGCACGAAGUUGAAGCUGCAGCCAGAACUUGAUGUUGAAAAGAUGAGUAUCCCACUGCUCCUCCAGGACAAGGUGGCCCUCGUGGAGCGCUAUGUGGCCGGCUUCCCGGACCUCCAGAGGAGGCUGCUGGCCCUCAUGGACUCCUGGUGCCAGCCCGGCUUUGACAUCAAGGAUGUUGUCAGACAGCACCCCCAGGUGGCCUCCGUGAGGCUGGAAAAGCUGAGUCCACAGGUGCUGAGCAGGCAGGUCUUGCGUCUGCAGGAGCAGUUCAGCGUGAUCCCUGCGCUGUGUCCCCAUGCGGCCAUGCAGCAGCGCCUGGCAGCCCUGCGACACCUGUGCCACAAGCGGUUUGUGGAGAAGAGCCUGUCUCAGGAGAACUGGGCUGACCACGUGCAAGGCCUGGUGGGACAGAGCCCGUGGCUUCAGGAGCAGCUGUCUCAGCUGCUGGCCUCCCUCAGUGACCCAAGCAUGGCCGCCCAGUGCACCCUGAACCUCCCACUGCCUGAGGACCGGCUGCUGGCCACAGUGGCUGCGGGGCUUGGCCAGCUCCAGCUCCAGGGGAGGGCGGCUGAGGCUGUCUCGAGGCUCAACAUGAAGGACGUGAAGGACCAUUACUACCAGCUGCCCAUCCCCAGGGAGAACAUCUACCUCCUGACCUCUCAGGAAGACCUGGCCAGACACAAGGAUGCCCUCCUGCAGCCCCAGCAGGUGGUUGGUGUGGACCUGGAGUGGACACUGGUGUUCAUUGCUGGGGGCCGGCCCCGGCCAUCACUCCUGCAAGUGGCCACGGAGGGCUGCGUGUUCCUUCUCGACAUCCUGGCAUUCACGCAGCCGCCAGCAGGUCAGGGAGCCCAGGCCUUCUCCCAGCUGGUGGCCCAGCUCCUCUCGGACCCAUCCAUCACCAAGCUGGGCUAUGGGAUGGCAGGGGACCUGCAGAAACUGGGCAUGUCCUGCCCCAUCCUGGCCCACGUGGAGAAACAGGUUCUGGGUGGCGUGGACCUGCUGCUGGUACACAGACAGGUGCAAUACCUGCAGCCUGCAACCCCCACAUGGAGCCUGUCCUUGGCUGUGUCUGCUCCUUCUCCCAGUCUCUGCUGCACUGGCCACUGGCAGAGGGGGCAGGGCCUCCUCCUGAGCCACCGUGAAGCUGGUAUGCGAAUGGCGGGCAUGCCAACCCCAGGCAUGGCCAGGGCUGGUGGGCUGAGAGGCCUGAGCCUCCUAGUGCAGCAGGUGCUGGGCACGACCCUGGACAAGACACAGCAGCUGUCCAACUGGGACCGGAGGCCGCUCUUCGAGGAGCAGCUCAUCUAUGCAGCUGCUGAUGCCUACUGCCUGCUGGAGGUGCACCAAGCCCUGUGCAGAGAGCCCGCCCGCUUCCACCUGUCGGGGGACCUGGCUGGGAGCCAGAGGCCCAGGCACAGAGAGAGACCAGGGACACAGGAGCCGCCCGGCCUGCAGGAGGCAUUGGCCGCACCCAGGCAGGUCCCUUUGGCUGUGGCUGAGGCCACCAUCCCUCAGGUCCCUGCCAGGACCUUCCGCGUGGUGUGUGACAACAUGCUGCAGGGGCUGGCACGGAGCCUCCGCUGUCUGGGUGUGGAUGUGCACGUGCUGGACAACAGUGAGGACCACCGCAGGGCAGCCGAGAAAAAGAAAGCGCUCCCAGUGAGAUCCCAGAGGGUGUGAGGAGCAUGCCCUGGCCCCAUGGAGAAAGACGCCGUGGGGCUGUGUCCUGCUGUCACACAGAAGAACCUGGAUAUGGAGCUGAGGAGACCUCCAGACAGCGUGGAAGGUGCAACCUGGUCUCUCCUUGCUGCUUAUGGUAACAUGAGCAGAAAGAGCGACUGAGGGGAGAGCUUUUAAACAGAAAGGAACUAGGACUCAAUGAUCUGGGAAACUCUUAGCCUGCUCCGAUGGCAGAAGCUCCCAACAGCGUGACCUGAAAAGCUGCGUGUGCGACUGUGCCGGAGUGAGGGGCUGAACACACAGUCAGUCUUUGAAAGCAAACCCAAGGCUUCAGAAAGCCCAGGGCAUCAACCUCGGCCACCUCCACAGACCCUGAAUUGACCAGGAAACAGGCCAGUGAUGCUCCACGCCACUCACCAUCGUCCCGGACGUGGGUUGUCAGCCACUGUGAGCGCAGAGGCCAGUUCUUCCUAGUAAAUCUCAACAUUCCUCUCCUACUGGCUUACUUCUCUACGGCAGCCCAGCUGACCAAUUUUGGUGCUGCAGGUGGUUGCAUAGAAAAGUCUCACAGAUGAGUUGUCUGCAUUGAUUCUGGGACUUCUGGAAUUGGUUCUCUAAUACUAUUAGAUUUAGGGACACAAAGGGCCCAGUUUCCAAUAGCAAAGAGGGCACAGUAGUCCAUGCUGAGAUGUUGCAGAAUUACUCAGAUACUGCCAUGGGGUAGCCCUAGUUGGGAACCUAGGAGAGAUUCUGAGGGACCAGGUAUUUACUACUUCAGAGCAUCGCAGUCCAACUCCUGGGAAUAGUGGGACGGGCGCUUAAUUCCUGUAGCUGCAGAAUUAAAACAGCUGAAAACCAUGCCUAGAGUUUCAUCCUGUGAGCAGCUGAAUUACAACAGAAAUUACGGUCACAACUGAUGUUAUUAAUCUUUGUCCACGUGCCAGUCCUGUCCACAUCACAUUAGCUUUCAUUGUCUCUGAACUUGCCUUUCUCUGAUGACUGAUGAAGCUGAGCAUCUUCCCAGACAUUCCCUGGCUAUUCACACAUUCUGCUCCGUGGAACGCCUCGUGGCUGCCCUAAGAAAGGUCUGCCUGCAAGGCGGGGAACUCUGCUGGGAAACAGCUCCUGGACUGAUGAAAACCUUCCCUAAAUGAUGAAGGUGGUUUGCUGUGCUCAGUCUUCACAAACACUGCAGCUUAUGCUGGACAUCACUUUCCGUCCUGGACUCUGGAAUUUCGGUACAUGCCAGGUAGAGGGUAUCAAUGUGACCACCCCCCAGUAAAGCCUCAGGCGAUGAGUCGAGAAUGAACUCUUCAGACAGACGACACUUCACACGUGUCAUUACGGCUCAUUGCAGAAGCACACCACGUGUGACACCUGGGAGAGGCUCUUGGGUGCCUGAGCCUGGCUUCCUCUGGGCUGUGCCCCGUCCGUGCGCCUUUUUCCUUUGCUACAUGGCUGUGUACUGUUCACUGAAGUGUGUCUCAGCCAGAGCAUGGCUGUGUGCUGAGUCCUGUGAGUGGCCCUGAGUCAGUGUCACUCUUACCUCCUGUAGCUGCAGGAGACUUAGUGAUACUAAACCUCAGGGUAAUCUUGGGGACCCUCAUGCCUGGUCAUCUUUUUCUUUCUUUUUUUAAGAAACAGGGUCUUGUUUUGUCUGGCUAGAGUGCAGUGGUGUGAUCAUAGCUGACUGCAGCUAUGAUCAAAAUCCUAGGUUCAAGCAAUCCUCCCUACUCAGCCUCCUGGGUAGCUAGGAACACAGGUACACGCCACCAUACCCAGCUAAUUUUUAAAAUUUUUGUGGAGAUAGGCUCUCUCUGUAUUGCCCAGGCUGGUCUUGAACUCCCGGCCUGGAGUGGUUCUCCUGCCUCAGCCUCCCAAAGUGCUGGGAUUACAGGUGUGAGCCACUGCGCCCGGCCUUGAGUUUUACAUGACAUCACACUGCCGAGAUUCCAUAUAGCGUUAUCCUCAUCUUCUGUCUGGUAGGGUGAGCACCCACCUCGUUCUCCUUCAGACCUUUGCCCUUUCUGUAUAGGUUUAGAAACAGCUCACCAGUUCAGUUUUGCUUGGAACUGCAUUGACUCUAUAAAUCAAUUUAGGGAAACGUGACAUUUUUGAGAUAUUGAGGCCACACCUAUGAUCUCAGCACUUUGGGAGGUCAAGUAGGGACAGUUUCUUGAGCCCAGGAGUCUGAGACCAGCCUGGGAAACACAGUGAAAUGUUAUUUCAAAAAAAAAAAUUAAAUUUAAAAACACAGGCAGGCCGGGCGCGGUGGCUCACGCCUAUAAUCCCAGCACUUUGGGAGGCCAAGGCGGGUGGAUCACGAGGUCAAGAGAUCGAGACCAUCCUGGUCAACAUGGUGAAACCCCGUCUCUACUAAAAAUACAAAAAUUAGCUGGGCACGGUGGCGCAUGCCUGUAAUCCCAGCUACUCGGGAGGCUGAGGCAGGAGAAUUGCUUGAACCCAGAAGGCGGAGGUUGCGGUGAGCCAAGAUCGUGCCAUUGUACUCCAGCCUGGGUAACAAGAGUGAAACUCCAUCUCAAAAGAAAAACAUAGGCAGUCAUGUGGUGCACACCUGUGGUCCUGACCUGGCAGCCUGGGGGACUGAGGUAGGAGGAUCACUUGAACCCAGGAGGUUGAGGCUGCGCAGUGAGCCAUGAUCAUGCCACUGCACUCCAACCUGGGCAACAGAGCUAGAUCUCAUUUAAAAAGACUCAUAAAUAAAAUACAAUGAUGCUGAGUCUUCUCUUUGUGGAUGAUUAUCUAACUCUUUCCUAAUGUCUUUUAUUCUAACAUUUUUUUGUUCGUUUGUUUGAGACAGAGUCUCACUCUGUCACCAGCCUGGAGUGCAGUGGCUCAGUCUUGGCUCACUGCAACCUCUGCUUCCCGGGUUUAAGCGAUUCUCCUGCCUCAGCCUCCCAAGUAGCUGGAACUACAGGCACAUGCCACCACACCCUGCUAAUUUUUGUAUUUUUAGGAGAGACGGGGUUUCACCAUGUUGGACAGGCUGGUCUUCAUCUCCUGACCUUGUGACUCGCCUGCCUCGGCCUCCCAAAGUGCUGGGGUUGCAGGCGUGAGCCCCCGCGCCCAGCCUCUUUCUAACACAUUUGAUAACCUCCAUAAAGAUCUUAUGUGUCAUUUGUUAGAUUGCGACCCAGGAACUUUAGAUUCGUGUUGUGAUUAUAAAUUGUGUGGGUUCUGGGCCGGGCGCGGUGGCUCAAGCCUGUAAUCCCAGCACUUUGGGAGGCCGAGGCGGGUGGAUCACGAGGUCAAGAGAUCGAAACCAUCAUGGUCAACAUGGUGAAACCCUGUCUCUACUAAAAAUACAAAAAAUUAGCUGGGCAUGGUGGCGCGUGCCUAUAAUCCCAGCUACUCAGGAGGCUGAGGCAGGAGAAUUGCCUGAACCCAGGAGGCGUAGGUCGCAGUGAGCCGAGAUAGCACCAUUGCACUCCAGCCUGGGUAACAAGGGCGAAACUCCGUCUACAAAAAAAAAAAAAAAAAAAAAAUUGUGUGGGUUCUAUUUCCUGCUGAUACAGGGACUGUGGCUGCCCUUGAUGAAUCAGUCCUAUAUCCAGAAAACUUGCUGAAUGCCCCUAAAUCUUACUGAAUUGUUGCCAGCUAUUUUGGGUUUUCUUCAUACACAUCAUCUGCAAAAAAUGAGGUUUUCUUUCUUCCGCUCCAAUCCUUGUAUCUUCCCUUAUCUUACUUCAUUUGUCAAGAUCUGCAAGACAGUGCUGAAUAGAGGUGUGGUGGUACCAUCCUUAUCUUGUUUCUGAUUGAGAAAGGAGUGUUUUAAAAUGAAGUAGGGUGGCUGCUUAAUAUUCUGUACCAGGCUGAGGAAGUUCCCCCAUAAUUACACAUUUGCUAUAAGUUUUUGUUAUAAAUGAAUAUUGAAUUCUACCUACCUAGUGCUUUCCCGGCAGCUAUUGAGAAACUCAUAGGAUUUUCUCCUUUAAUCUGUGAAUGUGAUGAAUGACAUGAUUAACUCUUUGAAUUUGGGACUAAUCUUUCCUUCUUGGGUUAAAUUCAACUUGGUCUGCAUAGUGCCCCCCCUUUUUUUAGAUGGAGUCUCACUCUGUCACCCAGGCUGGAGUGCAGUGGUGUGAUCUCAGUUCACUGCAACCUCUGCCUCCCAAGUUCAAGUGAUUCUCCUGCCUCAGCCUCCUGAGUAGCUGGGAUUAGAGGUGUAUGCCACCAUGCCCAGCUAAUUUUUGUAUUUUUAGUGGAGAUGGGGUUUCACCAUGUUGGCCAGGCUGGUCUAGAGCUCCUGACCACAUGAUCGACCCACCUCAACCUCCCAAUGUGCUGGGAUUACAGGCAUGAGCCACUGUGCCUGGCCCAUAUUGCCCUUUUUAUUUUUAUUUAUUUAUUUAUUUAUUUUUCAAAACGGGUUUCACCAUGUUGGUCAGACUGGUCUUGAACUCCUGACCUCAGGUGAUCGGCCCGCCUUGGCCUCCAAAGUGCUUGGAUUACAGGCAUGAGCCACCAUGCCCAGCCAACCCUUUUUAAUACAUUGCUGCCUUUGGUCUGUGCUUUUUUUUUUCUUUUUUUUUUUUUUUUGAGACGGAGUUUUGCUCUUGUUACCCAGGCUGGAGUGCAGUGGCAUGAUCUCGGCUCACCGCAACCUCCGCCUCCUGGGUUCAGGCAAGUCUCCUGCCUCAGCCUCCUGAGUAGCUGGGAUUACAGGCAUGUGCCACCACGCCCAGCUAAUUUUUUGUAUUUUUAGUAGAGACGGGGUUUCACCAUAUUGACCAGGAUGGUCUCGAUCUCUUGACCUCGUGAUCCACCCGCCUCGGCCUCCCAAAGUGCUGGGAUUACAGGCUUGAGCCACCGCGCCCGGCCCCAAUUUUUUUUUUUGAAGUGGAGUCUUGCUAUGUUACCCAGACUGGCCUCGAACUCCUGGGCUCAAGUGAUCCUCUCACCUCGCUGGGACUCCAGCUGGGACCCUAGGCAUGCAGGUCCACACCUGGCGUGGCCUGUGAUUUUUGUUUAAGAACUUUGUAUCCAUCUUCAUAAGUAUAUCUGACAUGUAAUGUUCCUUUCCCUUUUUUUCUAGCCUCAUAAAUAUGUUGGGAAGUUUUCUCUCUUUUUUCUGCAACUCUUGAGUAAUAAAUUAUCUGCUCCUGAAAUUGGCUCACUUCCCAUGAGGCUUUCUGGGCCUGAUGUCUUCUUUGGGGAUAAUGUUCUAAUACUGAUUUUUAUUAACAGUUAUAGAACCAAGUAGCUGUCUGCAUCUUCUUGAUCACAUUUGGUAAUUUGUAGUUUUUCUGGAAUGUGUCCAUCUACUCCAGCACUUCAAAUGCGUAAGUGUAAGCGGCUGGUGUUCCUUGUUGAGGCUCGGCUCUGCCUGCACCUGGUUCACUCUGCUUUACGGUUGCUUCCCAGUGCUCUCACUCUUCUCAUGAUCUUGCAGAGAUGUGUCAACUUACUGCCUUUUAAAAUAACCAGUAUUGGUUUUGUUGAUUCUUUCUAUUGCAUUUCUGUUUUCUGUCUCAUCAAUUUCUAUUCUUACCUUUAUAAUUUCCUUCCUUUUGCCUUCUUGGGGUUGUUUCCAAGUGGCAUUGCUUAGCUCUUUAAUUUUCACACUCUUAUAUUUUAUGAUAUAUAAAUAUUUGAGGCUGCCAGGCACAGUGGUGGCUCAUACCUGUAAUCCCAGCACUUUGGGAGACCAAGGCAGGCGGAUCAUGAGGUCAAGAGAUCAAGACCAUCCUGGCCAACAUGGUGGAACCCCGCCCGUCUCUACUAAAAUACGAAAAUUAGCUGGGCGUUGUGUCAUGUAGCUAUAGUCCCAGCUACUCGGGAGACUGAGGCAGGAGAAUUGCUUGAACCCAGGAGGUGGAGGUUGCAGUGAGCCAAGAUCGCACCACUGCACUCCAGCCUGGCGCCUGGCGACAGAUGAAGACUGUGUCUCAAAAUAUGUAUAUAUAUUUAAGACCAUAAGUUUUUCUCAAAGUAUUGUUUUCACUGCCUUCUAUCAGCUUUGAUAUGAGUGUUUUCCUUUUUAGUUCUAAUAAAAUUUUAAUAUCAAUUAUGA